GCAGCUGCGGCGGCGCUCACGCCCUUCACGGUGACCCGGCGCAUCGGCCACCCGUACCAGAACAGGACGCCGCCCAAGCGUAAGAAGCCGCGCACGUCCUUUUCUCGGGUGCAGAUCUGUGAGCUGGAAAAGCGUUUCCAUCGCCAGAAGUACCUGGCCUCGGCCGAGAGGGCGGCGCUCGCCAAGUCCCUCAAAAUGACGGACGCGCAGGUCAAGACCUGGUUCCAAAACCGGAGGACCAAGUGGCGGUGAGAGAGGCCCGGCCCGGCCCACCUUGCGCCCGCCUUGCACCCUCCCCACGCCGCGGCCUCCCGCUCUGCGCAGCCGGCGCGACCCCUAUCCGCCCGGCCAGGCCGCGCCUCCCCAGACCCACCCGACCCGCCUCCCCGGAUCUUAACCUCCCGUCCCUCCUUCCCGCCGGCCCACGUCCUCCUCCCCACUCUCCGCGCCUCGGCUUCUCCUCCGUGGCCAUUCCCGUGUCGCUGUCCUGCGCCUCUCCAAUUCCUUUCGUUUUAUUUCGUCUCCUGCCUCCCACCUGCCUCUCCCAACAUCCCCGGGGUCCUCUCGCACUGCCCUUCGCUCCCCCUCCCCACGCUGGUCCUCUCGGAUUUCCGACAAUCCGCGCGAGUUCUGGGUUCCCUUCCAGCUCCCAGUCCCGACUCCAGCCCUGCGCCUAUCCGAUCCCUGUUUGCAUCCAACCCGUGAACAGCGAAGCGGUCCCGAAAGAGGGGUUCCAGACAGGCCCUGGGAGAACUGGCUGAGGCUGACCCCGCCUGGGGACCCCGCCCGCCCACUCGCGGAGCCCAGUGACCCGGCUGUCCGCGGGGCCCUGUCAGUUACGCGUACGGCUGCGCUCGUUGUCCCGCAAAAGAAACAAUCUUUGUUGUUGGCGCAGCCACAAUACGCGGGCGAGCAGGUGGGCGGGCGGAGUGCCCUCUCGGCUACGGCCGGGCGCACAACAAAAACAAGACCCGG